UCAUUGACCCUAAAGACCGGCAGACCUCAGAGGAUCAGAUCAGGUCCGCAGAGACCGUCCACAUCACGGACACGAAGCGGACAGACAGCUGAAGAGAAGAGACACAAAACGCCUCAGACUUCACAUCCGGGAGAACGACUGUCUGAUGUGUUCCAGGUGUUCCAGGUGUCUGUGUGUUUGUAGGGGGGGACUUGAAGCAUCAUGGCGGUGGGCCUGCAGGUGGUGGGUCUGCUUCUGGGCGUGGUGUCCUGGUGUCUGCAGUCCAGCUGCACCUCCUCUCAGGUGUGGAAGGUGAGGAGUCAGGCCGAGUCGGUCAGCAGCAGUCAGUGGCAGUUUGAGGGUCUGUGGAUGAGCUGCGCCGCCACCUCUAUGGGCUCCAUUCAGUGCAGCAAGUUCAAGACGGUGCUCGGGCUGCCGGUCCACCUGCAGACGUGCAGAGCUCUGAUGAUCCUGUCCCUGCUGGUCGGUCUGGCCUCCAUCAUCGUCUCUGUGCUCGGACUCAAGUGCACCAAGAUCGGCAGAACCUCUGAGCAUGUCAAAGAGCAGAUCGCUCUGGCCGGAGGAAUCCUGUUCAUCCUGUCAGGUGUCUUCACUCUGAUCGCAGUGUCCUGGUACGCCGCCAGAGUCAUCCACGACUUCUACGACCCGCUCUACGGAGGAGUCAGGUUCGAGUUGGGUACUGGUCUAUAUCUGGGCUGGGCUGCCUCCUGUCUGGCCAUACUGGGAGGAUCGAUGCUCUGCUGCUCCUGCAGGAGGACGUCCCACGCCCCUCCUUCCCCACGACAGUUUUCAUACAACUUCACCAAGACAAGCCAGGGACAGAACAUCUACAGAGCAGCUCCGGCCUCCAACAGCGGCAGCUCUAAAGCUUACGUCUGAACACCGCAGUUUCAGAUCCUUCAACUUGUUUAGACAACAUUUUUUAACCACAUGAUUGGUAUUUCCUUAAGGCACAUGUGCUUUGAUUUCUCAUAAAUCUUUUGUACUCUUCAUGUCACAGUUGACAAAUAAAUAAAUACAUAAAAAAUAUGUUAA